AUGACAACAGUUAUAGAUUACAAUGUCAUUCCAGGGGACUCACACCUUGUAGACUUUGACGAAACAAGAAAAAGUGGUGAACGUGAGGGUAAAAUCGUUUUAAACCCUACGCCUUCGGACGACCCAGAUGAUCCGCUUAACUGGACUCCUCGUCGCAAGUGGACCGCUGUUGCGUGCGUGUUGAUAUACACUCUCGGAGCCUGUAUUCCAACCGCAGCGAUAUACUCAGUGCUCCCCAACAUCGAAGCAAACACUAAUAUCACUUUGAGUGAACUGAACAACGGUACUGGCUAUAUGUUUCUGUUCCUGGGUCUUGGUUGUCUCAUUUUUCAGCCACUGGCGUUACAAUUUGGCAAGAGGCCGAUUUACCUCUUCUCUAUGCUUGCUACGGCUUUGAUAUGUGUUUGGCCCCCCUAUACAAAAUCCAACGGCGAAUGGGUUGCGUCUAAAAUCCUACAGGGCUUUGUUGGAUCAUCUAUGGAAUCUCUUCCGGAAAUUUCGAUGAGUGACUUGUUUUUCGAGCAUGAAAGAUCUUUUGCUCUAUCUCUAUACGGCUUAACCCUUCUCUCUGCCUCUUUCUUAGCUCCUUUUGUGGCAGGGUUUAUAUCUGAAGGCCAGGGAUGGGAGUGGGUUAUGUGGUGGUGUGCUAUUUUCGGGGCAGUUUGCUUCGUCUUACUGUUUUUCUUAAUGGAGGAGACCAACUAUGACAGAAAGCUUAAGGUUGAUGCUGCAACAGGAGAGGUAAUCACUUUGGCGUCUCGAAAGCAGCAAUUAGGUGCGGUUUUCACUAAUAUUGAUGAAGUUAUUGCCAGUAAUUCUGAAGGUAAUAAUGCUGGUGAAAAGAAUGAAACCAAGACAAACGAUAUUGGUGCCUCACUGCAAACUGAAGAAUAUCCUGAGAACAUAAAUAUCGUAAAUCAGGUCAGUAAUGUUGAGGUGGUUGAUUCAAACUCUUAUGCCCCAAACUAUGAGGGAACGAAGACCUACUUACAAAAGCUUUCGCUAUUCGGUGGGAGAAGAAAGAAGUUCCUUCUGCAGCAUUACAUCUUCGCACCUUUCCUUAUGGCUCGCUUCCCCGUGGUUUUGUGGGCUGGAUUCCUUUAUGGUAGCUCGCUGGUUUGGUUCAACGUUUUGAAUGCAACUGCGGCUCUCAUUCUCGGUGGUUCUCCCUAUGAUUUUUCUUCUAGUACAAUUGGAGUAGCCUACCUCUCACCAACAAUUUUUAGUGUCAUUCUAUUCUUCAUCUCGGGUCUUUGUUCUGAUUGGCUCAAGGUCCGCGUAGCACUUUGGAGAGGUACUGGAUUGAGCAAGCCAGAAGAUAGACUUUGGAUAUUAGUCAUAUACUGUGUUUUGGGGUGUGCUGCUUCCAUCCUUUGGGGGGUUGGAGCAUAUUAUGAAAUCCAUUGGUUUGGCCUCGUUUUCGGGAUGGGCCUCUUAGGAGGUUGCGGCAUCUUUGGAAUAGCGUCCUCGGCUACUUAUGUGGUGGAUACGUACAAGGAGCUGGACACAGAAGCAAUGGUUGUGGUAAUCAUCAUCCGCAAUUGCAUGUCUUUCGGCGUGAGUUAUGGUAUAACGGAUUGGGUCACCGACCUUGGCUACAAAAAAUGUUUUAUUAGUGUUGCUUUCCUGUGCUUUGCUGCCAACUUUACCUUCCUUGCUAUGGUUUAUUUUGGUCCACGACUACGGAAUCGGCAGAAGCAUAUGUAUUGGUCGAUGGUUGACAAAUAUCGGAAGCUGGGUAUGCAUUAA